UGAAAGAUUCAAAAAGAAAUUAAGAAAAUGAGUGAAAGUCAGAAAAAACCCAUUUUCUGAAAGAUUCAAAAAGAAAUUAAAAAAAUGAGUGAAAGUCAGAAAAAACCCACGGCAAAUUCUCCACAACCUAACGCCAACAGAAACGCCUCCCAAACACGAUCGCUGAUCCCACGACAGUGGUGGAACACGAUCACGCUGAUCCCACGACAGAUCCCACGACAGUGGUGGAAACCACCGAACUUCUGUCCACGAUGCAUCUCAACAAGCCGCUGUGUUCUGCGGUGAACAGCUCCAUGAAGCACCGAUCGCCGCCCUUGUGUUCUUUCUCCGGGGAGCCUCCGCCAAGAAGCUUAACCAGGAGGACCUGCGGCUUCUCUUCCGUCCCCAUUCCGCCCAACCUCAACUCCCCGUCCUCCGCGGCUGCGUUUCCAACCCUUCUCCGAAGAGAGGGUCCCGGCUGCCACUUCUGCAGUUGGGCGGCAGGAGGAGUGUCUCAUUCCGCAGCUUCGCCGAGUUUGAACUCUAAGAAUAUUGCCGCCCCUGAAUCAGUGAAACUAAAAAAGAUAAAGAAAGGAUUGAAAGAGACUAGACAACGGAUGAGAUUAUGAAGGAUGUCGAGGAAGAAGAUAUUAGGGAAAAAGAAAUGGGGACGGACCGCAACGGGAGAGGUCAUCCUGGCUUUUUGGCGGAGGGCUCUUCGAGAAAGAACACAAGGGCGGCGAUCGGCCCUAUCGCGCUUCAUAGGGCUGUUCAUUGCAGACGACGGCUUGUUGAGAUGUAUCGUGGACAGGAGUUCGGUGGUCUCUAUCCGCACCCAAUUUUGUUCGGGUAAGUAAAUCAAUAAAAAUAAAAGGUUUAAUGUCUCGGUAGGUCCCUAUUUUUGGCGUGAAUUUCAAAUAGGUCCUUUUUUUUUCGGCGUCUCAAUUGGGUCCUUUUUUGUCUAAAAUUGCAGCAAUUAGGGGUCUGCCGUCAAAUUCAACAAACAGCCGUUUAAAUUUAGCCUAGGUGGUAUGGUGAGUGUAUUCAUUAUCUGACGUGGCAUUUAAAACGAAUUUUGUAUUAAAAAUUUGGCCUACGUGGUAUGGUGAGUCUGUGAGAGAGAUGAGUUUGAAUUGUGGCGGCGUUGUGGUGAGGUUUGGUUUGUGGGUGGCGGCGCUGUCCAUUGCCGGCUACAUAGUGGGUCCUCCUCUCUACUGGCACCUCGUCGAACUCCUCAACCAUUCUUCUUCUUCUUCUUGCACUCCCUGCGUCUGUGAUUGUUCUUCCCAACCCAUCAUUUCCAUUCCCCAAUGUAUAUAUACUUUCCCUCUAGUUCAAUUCCACCCCUUUUACCUUUUUCCU